UUGGCUGAGCUUGAGUCGCGUGAGCUACUGUCGCUGCUGACCUGUCGCCCACGAUGCGUUGGUUCACCGCAGCUGCCCUCCUGUGCGCCGUCACAGCAGCUGCAGAAGGAAAAGCCGUCCCUUCCCCUCCAUCGUUUGGGAACAGCUAUCACGUCAAAGGACUGAUCUCGUUGCCCUACGCCGAGAUCAAGGAACCGUUUGAGGCCUGGUUCGACCUCGCGGCAAAGUCCAGCCGAAUAGACUACUACCAUGGCCAGGUGUCCACCUACCAGCUGGGGGCGGAGCUGCCGUGGGGCGCGUCCUAUAAAAUCACACCUGAGACCACGGAGACGCAGCAGAACGUGAUUAAGUGUUUCCAGGUCAACGGGACGAAGGGGGAAGCGGUCUCUUCGCAGGCGGCGCUGCCCGACGUUCAGGGCUUCCAGUUCCUGAGGAUGGAGUACUUCGAAGGUUCCCUGUGUGAAGUCUGGCAGAACGUGACCACCGUGGGCUACAAGAAGAACACCUACACGCUGUGGGUGACCCGGGCGGAGAGCGGCGGCGAGCCGGCCACCGCCCUCCAUUACGAGAUGCUGGGCUACAACACGCUGCUGGGCUCUCACUACGACAAAUACCUGGUGGACUACAAAGAGUUCAGCGCUCACGUGGACCCCAAAGUCUUCUCUCUGCCUGAAGGGAUGAGCUGCGAAGGGUUUCCUGGUCCGGGCGUGGAGCACCACAUGCUGGCCAAUCCCAUGAAGGAUCUCAUCCACACCUCGGCGGCGGGCCACUCGCAGCGCAUCUUCGACCACUUCAAGGACAAGUUUCAGCGUCGCUACGGCGACGAAAGGGAACACGAGAAACGGGAAUACGUUUUUGUUCAUAACCUCCGGUACGUCCACUCCAAGAACAGAGCAGGGCUGCCCUUCGCUCUGGCUCUGAACUCUCUGUCGGACCGAACCAUGUCGGAGCUGACCACCAUGAGGGGAAGGAAACGAGGGAAGAGCCCAAACCGAGGGCUCCCUUUCCCCUUAAAGAAUUACGAACAGGUGACGGUGCCCGAGUCACUCGACUGGAGGCUUUACGGUGCCGUGACCCCCGUGAAGGACCAGGCCAUCUGCGGCUCCUGCUGGAGCUUUGCCACCAUUGGAGCAGUAGAGGGUGCUCUCUUCCUAAAAACCGGCUCCCUGCAGGUUCUGUCUCAGCAGAUGCUCGUCGACUGCUCCUGGGGUUUCGGCAACAACGGCUGUGACGGAGGGGAGGAGUGGCGAGGGUACGAGUGGAUCAUGAAACACGGAGGCAUCGCCUCCACGGAAACCUACGGAGCCUACAUGGGAAUGAAUGGAUUUUGCCACAUUAACACGUCCCAGCUCGUCGCACCGAUCCAGAGCUACACCAACGUGACCUCGGGCGACGGCGAGGCCCUCAAGCUGGCGCUCUUUAAAAACGGGCCCGUGGCCGUCAACAUCGACGCCGCGCACCGCUCGUUCGUGUUCUACAGCCACGGCGUCUACUACGAGCCGGCCUGUGGCAACACCGUGGACGACUUGGAUCACGCCGUGCUGGCGGUGGGAUACGGCACGCUGAGCGGCGAGCCGUACUGGCUGGUGAAGAACUCGUGGUCCACGUACUGGGGCAACGACGGCUACGUCCUGAUGUCGAUGAAGGACAACAACUGUGGCGUCGCCACUGACGCCACAUACGUCACACUGGCGUAGCUUCGCCCCUUUUCCAUGAUGUUUAAAUGACUGUUAAUGUUGUGUGUGUGUGUGACGUCAAACUGCUGCUGGGUGUGAAUGUGUUGCUGUUGACUGGAGUCGUGUGAAUUAAGACACUCACACAGAACAAGCCUCAUCUAAAAAAAUGUGAUUUUAUGAUCCUAGUGUUGACUCGUUUAUUGCUCGUGGCUGAAGUGCCUUUUCAGUUGUGUAACAGAACAUUUUGUGAUGUAUUUCCACUUGGCCUUAUGCUUUAUAAUUUAUGUUUUGGAUCCAAAUGCACUCUCAUGUAAUCGAUACAAUAAAAAUGAUUUUUCUUCAGUGACA